CGAGGACCCUGGAUUCGUUCGUUUCGGCGUGCGAGCUCAGUGCGAGCCCCGCUCCGCGCGAGUGUUCGUCCAGCUUUCUGUGUCGGUGGUGGUUGGGAAUUUUCGCGCGAUUACUGGUGGCGGAUCGCGAGAAGAGAAAAUGAGCGAGGGACAGCCGACAUACAAAUUGAUCUACUUCAACGCCCGCGGCCGUGCCGAGCAUAUACGGUACAUAUUCGCGUACGCGGGCAUCGACUACGUAGACGAAAGAAUUCCCAAGGAACGCUGGCCGGAACUGAAGAAAUCGAUGCCUUAUGGAAUGCUGCCGGUGCUGGAGGCAGACGGGAAACUGAUAGCGCAGAGCAACGCGGUGGCGAGAUACCUUGCGAGGAAACAUAGCCUGACUGGAAGGGACGAAUGGGAAGCGAUGCUGUGCGAUGUACUAGUCGAUACCCUCGGAGAUCUGAAGCAAAUAAUAUCGCAGUAUCGCAACGAAGAGGAUCUUUCCAAGAAGGAGGAAAAGAAGGCGAAACUUCUGAAAGAAACUAUACCGUUUUACUUGAACAAGUUCGAGCAAACUGUUGGCGAAAAUGAAGGCUACGCCGUCGGCUCCACCACCACGUGGACGGACUUUGUGUUUGCCGUGGCCCUCGAGAAUUUCGAGAACAUAUUCGGUAGGCACGCCUUGGAAAAUUAUCCCGGAUUGCGGGCGCUGAAGAAGAGAGUCCACGAGAUACCUGCCAUUGCUGAUUGGCUCGCGAAACGACCUCACACGGAAUUCUAA